AUGAUGAGUUUGCGGUCGCCGCGGACCAUACUGCUGCUCAACCUCUGCCUCAGCCUGUUUCUCGCCACCUUCUCGUUUCUCGUGGGCAUCGACAAAGUUAGCAAUCAGGUAAACCUGGGUGCGGGUAUUCCUGGUGUUAUAGUGGCCAUCUCGCUUGCAGCCACGCGCACCGAAGGCUACGGCAGCGACACCUAUUGCUGGCUAACCAAUCAGAAUAUGCUCAUGUUAGCUUUUGUAAUUCCGGUCGGGACUGUGGUGUGCGCAAACAUUGUAUUGCUCGCCCUUGUUUUCCGAGCAAUGUUUCAUUCUCAAGCCGUGAGGAGGAAAACAAACAGAGAGCGGGUCGGAACGACGUUGCGGAGUCUGUGCGUGUUGGUGCCUCUUCUCGGUGUGACGUGGAUAUUUGGAUUUCUACAGUCAAUCGAUUACCUGAGCGAAGUCUCGCAAUAUUUAUUCGUAAUUCUAAAUUCAAUUCAGGGACUGUUCAUAUUCGUGUUUCACUGCCUGCUCGACGCGCGCGUCCGUGAGGCGGCGACGCGGCGCUGGCGACAGCGGUCGACGUUGAUAAUGGCCAGACAAGAUGUCAGCGCCCAGACCACCAACAGUCGCAUGUCGCGCACGUUCCACGCACUGAGAAGUCUAACUACGACUUCAAGUCGCAUUUCGCAAACGUCCAGGAAUUCUGCUUUCACGCCGAUGCUUAAAAGUCAGACUUCAGAACAAAAGUCUAAUGUCCAGUCGCCGGGGACGGAUCGCAAGACAGAGACAUCAAUCUAA